AUUGGCCGGUGGACACGGUUGUUCCUGAAGUUUGAUCCGGGCGACGCAUAGGUAAAAUGCACCAAUGAAUGAUAUUAAAAGUGGACAAAAUGACGUUGUUUUGUUUGCGGGGUGCCUGACUCAUUUUCCGACAUUCUAAUUACACAAAAUAAAGAUGGAAAGGCAGGGUCAUAGAAAACAACUUUGAUGACUUCUUUCCGUUUUUAUCUUUACUAUGCUUGAAACUCUUCCAGCCGAGCUUAUAGCGGCUAUCGCUACUCAUCUUCCUUCUGAAUCAACGGCCGCCCUAUCUCAAACGUGCCGUCACUGCUACUAUGCGACGCUGCCCGUUGUGUACAACUACUUGUGUAUCACCGAACCAGAGCAUCUUCAACGAUUAGCCGUUCGUUUCCAACUGAAUAACGUGUGGUCCCAGCGGGCGGAGCAGUUUGUUCAUACCAUCUCGUUCACAAAAGAUGACAAGCAACUGUUCUCGCAAAUGAACCUGGCAAGGUUCCUUGGUCACACACUGUCAGGCGUCGACUAUCAGGAGAUGACGGCUCUCGCCGGCGAUGCUUCCACCUUGUUACUGUGCCUACCAAACCUACAAAGCCUGCAAAUCGAAUGGGUUUUUCCUCCCUCCAAAGACUACUUCUAUGCUUUGUGUCGUAUCAUGGAACAUUUGUCGCUCCUAUAUCCUGAACCCGUAGAACGAAGCAACGGAUCGCUAACCGUUCGAUUCACUCAUAUGACUGUAUACUAAUUUAUCCGCCCUAUUUAUUCCACCCAGAAUGCUGUAUCAUAAUUUGUAAUAAAAUUAUCCAAAACUUGCUGUAUCUUGUACCCAGAAU